UGCGAGCCCGCUAGAAACGUUUGCGAUCAAUGCGAGUGGAGCAGUCGUAGCAGUCGAGUCAGUUGGUGUGGUUUCGUGGGAAAGCAGUUCAGUUUUCUAACAGUGUGGUUUUCCCAAUCCUGGAGGAAGAGAAGUAAUAGCAGUGCAAGUCCCGGUUUUGAGCGAGAGGAGCGAAGAGUGCGAAAAGAGUAAAGGGAAGUUGAGAGCCAGCCGAUUCGCCAAAGAAUAGUGUUGGUUUAUCGCCGUAACGAAGCAGAAGGGAGAGAAAUAGCGAGAAGCCCCGCGCACAGCCUACUGAAUUUCUUUAGCAAAAAAAAACCCACAGAGCAGAAAAGAUGAUGUCGACUAACACUUGCUUCAAGUGCGACCGUCCCGGUCAUUAUGCCCGCGACUGCCAGAACGUUGGAGGCGGCGGUGGCCGUGGAGUCGGUGGACCGCGUGACCGUCGGGACUUUGGAAGGCGGGAGAAGUGCUACAAGUGUAACCAGAUGGGACACUUUGCUCGCGACUGUAAGGAGGACCUGGACCGGUGCUACCGGUGCAACGGUAGCGGUCAUAUUGCGCGUGACUGCAGUCUGUCCCCAGAUGACUCAUGCUGCUACAACUGCAACCAGAGCGGCCAUCUGGCCCGCAAUUGCCCGGAGAAGAGUGACCGCGACAUGAACGUGUCGUGCUACAAUUGCAACAAGAGUGGCCACAUCUCGCGUAACUGCCCGUCGGGUGACAAGUCGUGCUAUAGCUGUGGCAAGAUCGGCCACUUGAGUCGCGACUGCACAGAGAACAAGGGUCGGGAUUAGAAGUCGGGUUACUCGUCGUGGUGUGGCAG